UAUGUCGAAAGUGUAAAGGACAAUAUGUACUGUAAAACGUUGUAAGGUACACGUCCGAAUAGGUAAUUCGCAACUCGGGUCGAUUUAAAAAACUCCCUUCGGUCGUGUUUUAAUUUAUCGCGACUCGUUGCGAAUUUCCUACUUUCCGCAUUUAUAUCUUAAAUAACUAUCGUGAAUAACGCUGCUGCCUUAUGGAAAAUACAGUAACUACGUACAGAUAGUUGAUUUAUUGUUAUUCGGUCCAAUGUGUCAAUAACUAUAACUACUCAGUGAAAAAAAUUAGAACAGGUCACAUUCAACUCUAAAUUGUAGUAAAGGGAUAGAUCCCCGCAAUUUGCAAACUUCGGUGUUUGCGGUAGGCCUCAGGGGGCCUACCGCAAACACCGAAGGUCACCUACACUGGUUUAUCUAUAAUGUCAAUAGACAACCAGUCGUCCCCUGCGUCUCGAGCAGAUUAACUGGGGGCCUACCGCGAAAACCGAAAUUCGCAAAUUGCGGGGACCUUUCUCUUUUACUUUCACAAAGAAGUAAUUAGAGUUACGGAAAAAAAAACGCCCGCAAUUGACGAACUUCGAUUUUCGCGGUAGGCCCUCGAAAUUUGAGUAACCAAACUGUGUGUUCUCUAAGGCGGCAUAAUACGGGUGCUGUGUUUAUUUUCUCAAAUAUAUAUGUCAAUAUAUUUAUUACAAAUUAAUAGUGCCAAUAAACAUUGGUAUUUUUUUAUCAAGGUGCAUGGGAACAAUUAUUGAGUAAUUAUAAAUAAGUUAAGCAAUUUUAAAUAAGACUAAUUUUAAUCGAAUAUUUUUAAUAUCUCCUUCUAUUUUAUAAAUGUACUUAACUGUUUUAGUUCUCACUUAAUAUUUGAGUACUUAUUAUUUUAUUCAAUGACAUCUUAUAUACUUAUUAAUUGUUAUGGUAUAAAGGAUAAAUCAUUAUGUGUUUGUUUUACAUGCUGGACAUAAAUAUAUUAUGCUUCUUUCUAUUAUAAUAUGCAGUUUUAAUUGUUUAGUUUAGAACCUGUUUUUACCCAUGGAUGCCCACAGUGGCGCACGGAACACGAAUGGGAAUCUUAAAUGCGCGGUACUAACAACGUCAAGAUCGCUUAUAAAUAUUACGUUUGGACGCUGUCAAAGUAACCUUCAUGCUUUGAAAUAAGGUCUAUAUUAGCUAGCGUGACAUACCGUAUAAAAUAUUGUAUGUACCUAAAACGACGCGUGCGACCCAACGUAACGCAACACCAGUGGGCCCCCUCUUUCAGCGCAAUUUUAACUGUUGUGGCCCUAAUUUUCAUACAACAAAGGUGUUGUUCGGUGUUACUACUGACUUCCUAUGUUCACCUUCGGUCUCCAUAAACAGAUCAGCUUAAUGCUACCACAAUACUGCAUUGUCACCGGAGUCAACUAGGGAGAGAGUGCAUGAACUGUGGACGGUAGCACAGUAGCCCCUAUCAUAUACAUUGGCACGGAGCAUUAUGUCAAGUUUCCACUUCUAGAUUUAAGCCACUUUCCGCACAGACUUAGUAGGCAGACCCCUACUAAGUCUGUGCGGAAAGGGAAGAGUCGUGGAAUGUUAGCGAAUCCAUACAUUCUACUAAUCUUGCGCACAGACUCUCAAUACGAAAUAGAGCCAGCGUGAAGUGUAGGGGGCAGCACCUGUUUAGAAGCAUCAAUUGUUUUCGCUUUCUAUUCGGGUCACUAGAUGGCAGAUCCUUCAUACACCAGGGCCGUCUUAAACUAUGCUGGGGCCCUUGGGAAAAUAAGAAAUUGGGGUCCUUUUGGAAAGUAAAGAAAGCGAAUUAAAGUAGCAUUUUUCUACUAAUGAUCUUCUAUUUAUUGUGGGUAAUCUAAAAUACUGAUACUGUCUGUCCUUCGGCCCCCCUGCGGAUGGGGGCCCUUAUGGGCACGGACCCUGUGUGCCCUUAUGGUAAAGAUGGUAUUGCCAUACACAUGGUCGCUAUGCAAAACUUCAGCUCAAUCGAGUACCUGAAAUUGUGCACACCUUGCAAGUUUUUAUAAAACAAACCUUUACAGACAAACUUAAAAUAAAGAGAAAAAAUACUUGUCAAAUGUCAUUGUCACUAAAACUUAAUUAUCUAUAUUAAGGCUUGAGCUUAAACUUCGCAAAAUGAGUAAAUCACGCGAUAUAUUAUCGUCAAACUCAUCUUCAGAGCUCGACAAUCAGUUCUCAUAUAAGCGCUAUUUCAUCAACAAUCUGGACUCGUACCAUGGCGAGCGAAUACUGGAGCUUAUGUCAAAGAUACUGGAAAGGAAUGCGGAACAAACGAAGGUGCCUUCCGCGGUAAUGGUGGCCGAGGAUGCGGAGCCUUCCCCUCCGCCGCCGCCUGAGAUACCGUACGAAAUUAUAGGAACCGUCUCUGAACCGAAGACAAAAUCACUGGACAACGUAGCGCGGAUAGUUCCGAAGGAUCAGGUUCUGGCAGACAUGCUCACAUGCGGCACGGUCGUUCUGGACAUCAGCUACGAUCGGGAAGAAUUGAGAAUCGCCAUGGAUUACAUUAAGCUGCUGAAAGAUUUGCUGGAGAAGCACGGACCAGCGACUGCCGCUUCGGAGCCCGACGAUGAAGUAGGCGCGGGCGACUCUAACAAGCGUUACCUGGUACUCAUCUCCACUGUUAUGACCUGGGCCGCCACUAAACCUUUGGAUCCGGACAACCCAGAAAUGCCGUUCAUCGAAACAGAUUUCCGCAAAAGAAAACCUCACCUCAACUACAAAAUACACUACGACGCCGAAAACGAAGUCAUAGGCAUUGCGAGAAAGUAUCGAAGACAAAUCGGUGCUUUAGUGGUGUGCGCCGGAAUGACGUAUGGCGGGCGAGAAGACGUACUGUACUACUGGUUCCAGAAGGCUUGGGAGUGUGAACCCCUGCUGCCGAUCCUUGGAAGAGGCGCGAACGUUGUUCCACUUAUCAACGUUCUGGAUUUAGCACAAAUCGUCUACAAUUUGGUGACGGAUUUCCCGAAGAAAUUAUUUAUGUUGGCUGUUGAACAAAACGUAACGAAGCAAAGAGAGAUAGUGAAACCCCUUGGUCGCUGCGCUGGGACAGGGAUGUUCAAAUGCAUUCCACAGGAAGAUGCCUUCUUGAUUCCGGAUAUCGAUCAAAGGAUUUUCGACCUUAUGACUCUGAACCUGAGCAUGGAACCAGGGUUUAUAGUGGAGACCAUGGCUCUCCAGUGGACCACUGAGCUUACGUUUGCCGAAUAUGCACCGUUCCUCAUGAAGGAGUUCAAGAAACUACGAGGACUGAAGCCGUUUAAAAUCAUUGUUUACGGUCCUCCUAUAGUUGGAAAAACGAGUCUGGCGAAGCAAAUCUGUGAGAAUUACGGUCUUGUUUACAUAUCACCUGAAACUGCUGCUAAAGAUGUUAUGGAGGAUUUGGCACGCCGUGUUGCUCACUGGGAUGAGGGUGAAACAUCCGCGUUGCCCCAACCAUCCCCCGAAGAGGAAGUUGUGGGGAUGGAUGAUGAGGAGGACAAUGCUGCUGAGGACGAGGAGGCGCGUGAGGCAGCCAGGCAGGCAUUGGCUGUGAUGCAAGCUGGGCUGGCAGUCAGCGAGGAAGAGAUUAUGGGAUAUAUGCGAAAAAGGCUGCUCUGCCGAGAAGCUCUCAACAGAGGCUGGGUCCUGGAUGGGUUUCCGAACACCAUACCGCAAUGUACCGCGCUGUUUGACAGAGGAGAAGAACAAGAUUCUGACGCCGAAGAGGAAAAUGAAGAAGACAAGUUUGACGAAGAUGCUGAUUUGUACAGCAAUGUUUUAAAGAAAAUUCUGCCUGAUAUCGUAGUAAGCCUUGAGGCAACCGACGACUUCAUUUGCGAUAAAGCUAUGAAACUACCAGAGGGUGACUCCCGACUAGACGAAGAAGUUGUCCUCAACCGUCUCUACGAGUUCCGAGCCAACGACGCCCGUGACGUCACUCCGCUAAAUUUCUUUGAUGAGCUGGACAUACACCCUCUCAUAGUGCCUGUGAAGGAGCAUUCAGAUUAUGCCAUGAAGGGGCCGUAUGCGGCUGUUGCUUUGCGGAUGGGCCGGCCUUGCAGAUAUUCUAAAUUACUUGCUAUGAUUGAGGCUGCUGAAAAGAAAGCAAAAGAAGACAAAGCCAGGCAGCGACAUGAAGAAGCUAAGGCGCAGAAAGAACUAGAGGAAAAAAUGAGGAAAGAUCGUGAGGACAAAAUGGAAUACUGGUCUGAACUAUACGCUGCGAUGCGCGAAGAGGAGCAACAAGCGUUAGCGGCGGCCGGCGAGCCGAUGCGCAACUAUUUAGUGCACCACAUCUUUCCCACCCUCACUCCAGCAUUGCUCGAAGUCGCUAGGCUGAGACCUGCUGACCCUAUCGAUUUCCUGGCAGAAUAUCUAUUCAAGCAAAAUCCGAUCGGCAAAAUGCUAGAGCCAGGCUACAAUCUACAAGCCGAGAAAAUCUUAGGCAAGAUCAAGAUUCUAGACGAUGCGUUGCAAGACCUCGAUGUUCAGAUUGAACCUCUGGCACCUCCAGAAGCGGAGUUGCCUUCGCCUCCACCGCCUCCAAAACCUAAACCUAUGAGUGCUCUGUAAAUUAGGACAAAGUCCUCGACAUCACCAACGAGUAUUUGUUAUCGUGACGGUUUUGUUAUAUGGCGUAUAGCGUUCUAAUGAUUAAACCGUGUGUCGUUACUAGUUCUAGAGAUACAGAAAUAUCGUAAUAAAACUGUACAAGUUUGGUGGUUAGCAGGCUAGUGAGCCUGCUUAUUAAUAAACGUAUUAUGGUUAAAAAAA